CCCCCUAGUCGUUUUUUCUUUGAAAUUUCAAGAAGAAGAAAAAAGGAAAUUUUCAGGGUCAUUGAGGAAGAAAUUGUCUAGUCUUCUCUGGAAUCCUUGAAGUCUUCAUUUUAACUGGUCAAACUAGCACAGACCACCAUUCAAAUUAGCAUCUCCUACUCUCUAUUUUCAAUUUCCACAGCACGUUUGAGCCAUUCACAUUGAAAGAUAUAAACACCCGAACUUUAGAUUUAAGGUUUUAGAUGUUAGUGAGGAUUUACACAAGUGUACCACUCAAGGAUUCAGUUUUUGUCAGUUCUUAGCUGAGUAACAGGUUUGUAGUUUCAUAUCGAUGUCAAUUUUUUUUUCAUUUACAAAAAGCAGUUUAGAGGGCUCUAAAGUAGCUUCAGGGUGGGGAAAAUGUUAGUUUAGCUGAGUGGAAUAUGAGAGUUUUGGGGUUAGUUAUUUUAAAGUAAAUAUUUUGGGUUAUAAGUUUAGUUUGAGGGGACUUGUAAUUUGUAAGCAGGUUCUGAUUUCAAGAUUUUUGAUUGAGUGUAAAGAUGACAAGUAUUUUAGAGAGUAUAUUCCCAAUUCAAUCCUGGAAUAAAAAUGAUGAGGACGGAUUUGAUCUUGAGUACUCCAUGGCAGUGGAGUACAGUGGUCCUCCAGUCAGCUACAACAUACCGCAGGUGGUUCCUGUUUUGUUUGACCGCAUCCCCGCAGCAACCGUGGUUACUGCUUCUUUAUCAAACAGUCAAAUUUUGUCACUUCCAGUUAUUCAACCAAUAGUUAACAAAAAUUAUUAUUCAGACAAAGAAGGGAUACCAGAGGCCUUCUCACAGUCUGCAGCUAAGGUUUCUUUGAAUUCUGUCUAUGGUGAUGACUAUGCCUCUAAUAAAGGGUCAGGUUGUCUUGAAAGUUCCGGAACAUUGGGCUUUUCUGAUGAUAAUGAUGACUCCGGUGAGAUUUUAGCGAGCUCGGAUGUUAUAAGUUGCGAAGAGGUGGAAGAGAGUACACCUAUUGAGUUUUUUACAGAAACUCGAUCAAGUAGCAAUGCGAAUUAUGCGACUACUUCAGAAAGUGAUGAUGACGAUGGUGAUGAUGAAGCAGUUAUAAGUUUCCCGGAAAAGUCUGUAGUGAUAAGUGACUCAAAGAAGUGUUUUCGGUGUCACAAAAGGAACAUGUUCAUAAAGAAGGAAGUUUGUUUGGUUUGUAAUGCAAAGUAUUGUGAUAGAUGUGUUUUGAGAGCAAUGGGUUCAAUGCCAGAGGGCAGAAAAUGUAUCACUUGUAUUGGUUUUAGGAUUAAUGAAGCAAAGCGUGAUUUGUUGGGGAAGUCUUCUGCAAUUCUUAAGAGUGUACUCACAGAUGAGGAGAUUAAAAGGAUCAUGACACAGGAGAAGUCAUGCAAAGCUAAUCAACUCCCUUCUAAUCUUGUCACUGUGAAUGGUAAACAUCUUUCCACGCAAGAGUUGGUUUUGUUGCAGAGUUGUCCACAUCCGCCUAAAAGGUUGAAGCCCGGGAGGUAUUGGUAUGACAAAGUUUCUGGAUUUUGGGGAAUGGAGGGUGAGAAACCUUGUCAAAUUAUUAGUGACGAGCUAGUGGUUGGUGAAAAACUCAAGAUAAAUGCUAGCAAUGGGAACACUAAUGUACUCAUAAAUGGGAGAGAGAUUACAGGAGCAGAGCUACGGAUGUUGAAGAUGAUUGGAAUCCAUUGUGAAGGGAGCACUCACUUCUGGCUGCAGGCUGAUGGCACUUAUCAGCAAGAGGGUAUGAAGAAUGUGAUGGGGAAUCUUUGGGAAAGGACUGGGAUCAACAUAGCAUGUGCCUUUUCAUCAUUGCCAACUCCACCUAAGCCUUCAAAUUCUAGCAGACGAAAAAGCGACUGCGAGACAGAUAUGGUUAGCCAUAGCAGCCAAGCUCAGAGAGCUAUUAGUAAGCUGCUACUUGUCGGUUGUGAUGGAUCAGGGACAAGUACUAUUUUUAAACAGGCCAAAAUUCACUAUAAUGUUCCUUUCAAGGAAGACGAGCGUGAAUGUGUGAAAUGCACAAUCCAGAGCAAUUUGUACAAGUAUAUUAGUAUAUUAUUUGAGGGCCGUGACCAAUUUGAAGAAGCCUAUCAAAUUGAAUCAAGACGAAAAUGCAUAGAGGGACUCAGCCCUUCAGAUGACGUUGAAGAGAAUAUUUACUCAAUCAGUCCACGACUUAAAGCAUUUGCUGAUUGGCUACUAGAAGUUAGGAUGUCAGGAAAUUUGGAAACCGUUUUUCCUGCUGCUACUCGUGCAUAUGCACCUUUGGUAGAGGAGUUGUGGAAGGAUAAAGCAUUUCUAGCCACAUAUCAACGUAGAAAUGAAUUGCAUAUGUUACCUAGAGCUGCUAACUAUUUCUUAGAUCGGGCGGUCGAGAUCUCUAGAGCUGAGUACAAGCCUUCUAAUAUGGACAUUUUGUAUGCCGAGGGUUGUGCUUCCGCAAAUGGGGUGGCUUCCGUGGAGGUUUCCCUUCCCGAGCUAUCUAAAGAUUUCUACAUGGAAACUACAGAUCAAGACGACUCCUUGAUAAGGUGCGAACUCAUUCGGGCACCCGCUAGAAGCCUGGGGGAAAACUGCAAGUUCUUGGAGAUGUUUGAAGGCACUAACAUUGUCCUAUACACCGUUUCCCUGACAGACUACUUUGAGUAUAUAGAAGACGAUAAUGGAUCUCUCAAAAACAAGAUGCUAGAAAGCAAGAAGCUCUUUGAGAGCAUCGUCACUCACCCUCCUUUCACCCAAAAGCAAUUUCUUCUAUUCCUCACCAAGUUUGAUAUUCUAGAGGAAUCGAUAAAACAGUUCCCUCUGAAUAAAUGUGAGUGGUUCCGGGACUUCAACCCUGUAAUCAGCCAGCAUUCCCACAAAAACAGCAACAACCCAUCUUUGGCACAACGUGCAUUCUAUUAUAUCGCUUCCCAAUUUAAAGCGACAUAUAAGAAUCUUACAGGACGGAAGUUGUACGUAUCGCAGCUUACGGGGAUCAAUGGCAAAUCGGUCGAUAUAGCGCUAAAAUAUGCCACUGAGAUUCUUAGAUGGGAAAAAGAGAAAGAUACUGUGUUGAAUGAAUGUGCUUUAGAGAUCACAGAGGUUACCACAAGUGUGUAACUUUAAUUUCUCCCCUCUAUAUAUACAUGAAGAAAAUAUGUCCAGUAAUUGAAAUGGUAAUAAUGCGCCUGGUGGUGUACCUAUAUAUAUACACACUAAAAAGCUCAGCUCUGAUUUGUAGUCUGUACUGUAACUAGUAAAUUAAAAGUUGUGUUCCAUCUUGUAAAUGUACGUUUUGCCAAUUGAAUCAAUUGUAUAUGAUGAUAUUUUUUGUCUAUUUGUUCUAAGUUUUCU